AUGGCCUCCUCUUCCUCUCAUCACAAUUGGACCUUCGACGUCUUCUUGAGUUUCAGAGGUGCCAACACGAGCAAGAACUUCACCGACCACCUUUACUUCGCUUUACAAGAUGCCGGAAUCAAUACCUUUAUAGAUGACAACGAGCUUCGACGAGGUGAAGAUCUAACGUCCGAAUUGUUGCAGGCAAUCCAAGGGUCCAGAAUCUCUGUCGUUGUCUUCUCUAGGACCUAUGCUGCAUCUCGGUGGUGUCUGGAGGAACUCGUGAAGAUCAUGGAAUGCCGAAGAACGGUGAGGCAGCUGGUUUUUCCAAUAUUCUACAAUGUCGAUGCGUCGGAUGUACUCAAUCAAAUAGGAAGUUUUGCAGAAGCAUUAGUGAAACAUGAAGAGCGUUACCUUUUGGACAUAGACAAGUUGUCACCAGUAAAGAUUUAUGAAACAAGUAAUGCACCAGGAUUGUCACUUGGAUGCAAGAAGAAUGGACUUGAUGAAUCAUCCGAAGGAUUGAUUGUGCGAGGAGAUUUGACACGUGUAGCUUUAGAUUUUAACUCCAUUUGUUCAAUUCUUGAGGCUAUAUUCCAACACAAAGCUCUGAUUGAAGCUGCCAAUUUGUCAGGAUGGGAUCUAAGAAACACUGCAGAUGGGCAUGAAGCCAAGUUUAUUAGGAAAAUUGUUGCAGAAAUUUCAAGGGAACUGAACAGCACAUACUUAUUUGUAGCACUCUACCCAGUUGGACUUGAUUCUCGUGUACGUGCAAGACGAAUUUGGGGAAUGAGCGGAAUGGGGAAAACAACCAUUGCUAAAGCCAUUUACAACAAAUUAUAUCAUAGUUUUGAAGGCAAAAGUUUUCUUGCAAAUGUUGGGGUAACUUCCGAGCGACCCGAUGGUUUGGUUCGUCUUCAAAAUCAACUUCUUUCUUAUAUCUUGAAGGCAAGCAAGGUAAGGGUAUGCAAUAUUGAUGAAGGAAUCACUGUUAUACAAGAAAGACUUUGUGGUAGAAGGUUACUUGUCAUAAUCGAUGGUGUGGAUCAGUUGGAGCAACUGAAUGCCCUAGCUAGAAGUUGCAAUUGGUUUGGUUCUGGAAGUAGAAUUAUUAUAACAACUAGAGAUGAACAUUUAUUGAAGGGGAUUGGAGUGGAUGGUGUAUAUACAGCUAAAGAAAUGAAUGUCAGUGAAUCUCUUGAGCUUUUCAGCUGGCAUGCCUUUAGGAAUAGUUAUCCCACUGAAAAUUUUAUAGGCCUCUCAAGAAGUGUAGUUGCUUACUCCAGAGGAUUGCCAAUAGCUCUUGAGGUUUUGGGUUCUUUCCUAUUCUCCAGGAGCAUGCUUGAAUGGGAAAGCGGAUUGGAGAAACUGAAAAGGAUCCCUGAUGAUCAAAUUCAAAAGAAGCUUAGAAUAAACUUUGAUGCACUGGGCGAUAAUACUGUGAAGGAUAUAUUCCUUGAUAUAUCUUGUUUCUUUAAACUUUCGAUGCAUGAUUUACUUCGAGACAUGGGAAGAGAAAUUGUUCGCGAAGAAUGCCCCAACAAACCUGGGAGAUGGAGUAGAUUAUGGCUGCAUGAGGAAGCAUCUAAUAUAUUGAGAAAGCAAGAGAGGUUGAGAUUACUCCAACUUGAUCAUGCACAACUCACCGGAGACUAUGAAUAUCUAUCCAAAGAGUUAAGGUGGCUUCGCUGGCAUGGACUCCCUCUGAAGUCUAUGCCAAAAAGCUUUUAUCUAGGACACCUUGUUGCAAUGGACUUACGAUACAGCAGUCUCAGAGAAGUUUGGAACGACUCCAAGGUGUUGGAGAAGUUGAAAAUCCUAAAUCUCGGUCAUUCCCAUUAUCUGACCAAGAACCCUGAAUUUUCAAGCCUACCCAAUCUUGAGAAAUUAAUACUCAAAGAUUGUACCAGCUUGUAUGAGGUUCACCAGUCUAUUGGAGAUCUCAAUAAUCUUGUUUUGGAAAAUUUGAAAGAUUGCAAAAGCCUAAGAAGUCUGCCAAUGAGUUUCUAUAAGUUGAAGUCUCUACAAACUCUCAUCCUUUCUGGUUGUUCCGGAUUUGAUGCUUUGGCUGAUAACUUGGGGAGUAUGGAGUCCUUGACUACUUUGCUUGCAGAUAACACUGCUAUAAGACAAGUACCAGAUAGUGUUGUGCAUCUGAGGAAUCUUAAACACUUAUCUCUAUGUGGGUGUAAAGUAUCAACCUCCAAGUCAUUGCCUUCACUCUUUUGGUCUUGGAUAUCACGAGGGAGAAGUCCCCAGUCAGUCAAUCUAUUGCCUGCUUCACUACAAGGCUUGAACUCACUAAAAGUUUUAUCUCUCCGCGAUUGCAACUUAUCAAAUGACGCAAUUCCUAAAGAUCUUGGGAGUUUAUCUUCUCUACAAACUUUAGAGCUCGAUGGCAAUAGUUUCAAUAACCUACCAUCAACCCUAGCUGGUCUUUCGAAGCUUCAAACACUCAGUUUGAGUCAUUGCACAAAUCUUCAAUCACUUCCAAAUUUACCAACAAGUUUAACACAAAUUUAUGCAAUGAACUGCACAGCGAUGGAAAGCAUGCCAAACCUAUCAAAUAUCUCAAAUAUGGAAGUUUUGCUUCUUAAUAAUUGCCACAAAGUAGUCGAGAUUCCUGGUUUAGAUGAACUGUUGAAGUCCUUUCCAAUCAUUCACUUGGAAGGGUGCAACAAUCUAACAAGUACUUUUAAGCAAAACCUCCUACAGGAAUGGGCUAUGAGUGGAUUUGGUGGCCUUUUUGGCAUGUUUCUCCUGGGCAAUGAUAUUCCUGAUUGGUUCACGUUUAAAGACGAGGGGUCCUCGAUAUGUUUUGAAGUGCCUUCUCUUACUGACAAGAAUUUUGAAGGUUUGGCUAUAUGCGUCGUUUGUUCAUGUAUUGGCAAGAAAGAAUCUCACGAACUCACAAGCAUUUCAGUUAUCAAUAACACCAAGAAUAUAACUCAGACCAAAAGACCGGCGACGCUUGAUGUAGUAAACUCCGAUGAAGAUCACCUAUGGCAGGGCAAUGUUUCUAAAACUGACUUUAAUUUGGAGGAGGGAGACCUAGUAGAACUUAUUGCAGAUUUCGGGUCUGGAAUCGAUGUUAAGAAGAUAGGUGUUAGCCCACUGUAUGAUGGAGAAAUAUUUCACUUCGACUCUACAUCAAACGAGGAGGAUGCCAUUGUUGCUGCUGCUGAUGAUGAUGAAAAUGCAUUCUAUGAUUAUGUUGGGAUCAAGCCUAAAAGAGGGUUUCUAGAUGAUACUGCAGAAUCAAGCCAAGGUGGUUGGUUUGACGAGGAUCGACAUCCUAAACGAUUGAAGUGUGAACACGAUGCUGAAAUGAGAGCAGAUGAUGAAUAA